GGAAAAGAAAUCUGCAGAGGCAUGAUGAGGUGUCUGAUCUUCGGUCUGUUGUGUCUGGCUUUUACUGAGGGACUUGUCAGAGUUCCUCUUGUUAAAAAGGAGACGAUAAUGAAGAAAAGGGGUCUCCGCAAGGAAAUGCUGGAGUACUCUCAGCAAGGUUACAAUGAGAGCCUGAUCAACCAAAAUGAUAUGGCUUAUUUUGGAGAGGUUGGUAUUGGAACCCCUCCACAGUACUUCUACCUACACUUUGACACCGGCUCCAGCACUCUGUGGGUCAACUCUGUCUACUGCAACAGUGCUGCCUGCAACAGUCACCCCCUUUUCAACCCAAGCCAGUCUUCCACGUUCACCAGCAAUCAACAACCAUUUUCAAUCAAAUACGGAACAGGCAGUGUCCAGGGUUUCCUUGGCUAUGACACUGUCACAAUGGGUCAGUUGAGUGUCACAAAUCAGCUGAUUGGUUUAAGCACUUCAGAGCCUGGUGAUCAUUUUGCAAGGCCUCUGCAUGAUGGACUCAUGGGUCUGGCCUUCAAAUCUAGUGACCAGACAAUUGUGGACACCAUGAUCCAAGAAGGUGUUAUUGAGGAGCCCAUCUUUUCUUUUUACUUAAGCAGUGACUCUGAGAGUGGAAGUGAGGUGGUGUUUGGUGGAGUUGAUCCAUAUUAUUACCAAGGUUCAAUCAACUGGGUUCCUGUACAGCAAAACAGCCACUGGCAGCUGGUCUUUGAAGGUUUUGAGGUUAAUCACCAGUCAACUGGAUGGUGUGAAAAUGGAUGUACCGCUAUUACAGACACAGGAACGUCACUGCUGCUGUGCCCACCACAGUAUGUAGACAGUCUCCAUCAAAUGCUGGGAGCCCAACAGGACAGCAACGGCAACUACGUGUUUGACUGUAAUGCCGUGAGCAGCCUUCCCCCUCUGACGUUCGUUAUGAACGGAGCUCACCUGCAUUUGCCGGGUACUGCUUAUGUGCUUCAGAAUGACGAUUCUAGCUCAUACUGUCAGAGUGGCAUAGGGGCAUCACAUGAGGAGUACAGAAACGGUUAUCCUUACUGGAUCCUGGGUGAUGUUUUCCUCAGACAGUUCUACUCUGUGUUUGACCAAGGGAAUGCCAGGGUGGGAUUUGCUACCUUAGCAUAGAGCUAUCCAACACACUC